AUGCCGAAGGUUAAGACAAAUCGUGUUAAAUACCCAGAGGGCUGGGAAUUAAUUGAGCCUACUCUCCGUGAACUUCAAGGAAAGAUGAGGGAAGCUGAGAAUGAUUCACAUGAUGGCAAGAGAAAAUGUGAGACAUUAUGGCCUAUAUUUAAGAUUGCACACCAGAAGAGUCGCUACAUAUUCGAUCUCUACCAUCAGAGGAAGGAAAUCUCUAACGAUUUGUAUGAAUUCUGUUUAGAUCAAGGAUAUGCUGACCGCAAUCUAAUUGCAAAGUGGAAGAAGCCUGGUUAUGAACGUCUAUGUUGCUUGGGGUGCAUGCAGCCUCGCGAUCACAAUUUUGCCACCACUUGUGUUUGCAGAGUUCCCAAACAACUUAGGGAGGAGAAGGUUAUAGAGUGUGUUCAUUGUGGUUGCAGGGGCUGUGCUAGUGGUGACUGA